CUUUUCACUGUCAUGCUCUUUUGACCGCAGAGAGCUCCUAUAAAGACUGAUACAAAAUGUGUUAGCUCUCCACAACUCAACUCACUCAAAUCCUAGAAAUACACACUCACAAAACAAUCACAAUGAAGAAACCUUCAGUAGUCUCUUUUCUCAUCACUCUCAUGUUUGCAGCAUCAGUCGUCUGCAUCCAAGGACAACGACAGGAAGAGGUGAAGGACGGAGACGGAAAUCCAGUUAAACUCGGUGAACAAUACUACAUCCAGCCUGUGAAGACGAAAAGUAACAAUGGAGGUGGUCUUGUCCCAGCGGCCACUAACAGACUUCCCAUUUGUCCACUUGCCAUCACCCAAACACUCCUUCCGUACCAACCGGGACUACCGGUUAGCUUCAAUUUACCAUACGCUCUCAUGGAAACGAUCGUUAAGACAUUUGUAGCUGUAAAUAUCGAGUUUAGGUCAGACAUCUGGCCGGUCUGCAACGAGUUUUCCAAGUUCUGGGAAGUCGAUGUUUCCUCACCGGCUCACAAAGAGCCUAAGAUUCUCAUCGGUGGUAAACCACAAGAGAAAAAUAGUUGGUUUAAGAUCGAGAACGCCGGAGAAGGAACAGGAGAAAACACUUACAAGUUGACCACAUUAACCGGAACCGUUGGAGCCACCCCAGGGGUUUGGGCUUGGUUAAGAGCACCACAGCUAAUUAUCACCAAUGAUGAUGCUAAGACCUUACUCGUCAAAUUCAAAAAGGUUGAUGAUGCUUCUACGGCUGCUACUUCUACUUCUCGGGUUGAGAAGCCAGGUCUAAGGAUGUUCCCAUUUUACUAGUCAACUAGUAAAAAUUAUGUAAUGUCAAGCCUGAGACUCGUUCAUGACCAAAUAUAGUGGGUUGAGAAAAUACCCCCACACAUGUUCUUAUCUUUCAUAAAUAAUAAAAUAAAAUUCUAUUUUCUGUAA